AUGACAACCGAGAAUAGAACGGUGACGCUGGAAAGACAGAUGACCACAAGGAAAGCCUGGGAAGGGCACGACGGGUUGGCAGCCCUGAAUGCAGUUCCUGUGAAGGAACAACCACAAAAUCAGCUACAGACUGACACACAGAAGAAUACCCCCAGAGUCUUCCGAGAGGGGGGGGAGGAUGAGAGACUCAUAAGGACGGAUACACCGAUGACGACUAGGCUUGUACAACGGACAUUGACCGGAGAAGUAGCAGUAGUGAAGUGUGGCAAAUGUGACAAGAUCUGCAAGAAUCUAAGGGGACUGCGGAUACAUCAAGCCAGGACUGAUUGUGGGAAAUCAGACACCCAGACGCAACGCUCAGGUGGUACACCUGGUGAGACGUUGGAGGAUCCAAGUCGGGAAGAAUCCCAUAGAACUAGGAACCUCUACGCUUCUGAGAAUCUGGUUUCAAACACCGAGGGCAGGCAGCAGGAAGAGGACGACCAUGACCCUCUUCUUGAUCUGCUUCCCCCACUGGAGGAUGACACUCCAGCACAUGCAGAACCAGCACCACAAGUACAAACAGCUCCGGGAGAUGAUGAGAAGAGGCGCCCGCGAAUAGCAUGGCCCAAGACGACAGACCGGCGAGCGUGGCAGGAGCUAGAUCGAGACGUCUCCGCUAUACUGGAAACAACCCUCCAGGGUCCAGCUGACCGAAAGAUAAGAGCAAUGACGGGCCUCAUCUAUACUGUAAGCAAAGAGAGGUUUGGCUUGGCUGAGAAGAAGCCAGAGAAGCCAGCCCCAAUCAUCAGCAGAAGACAGAGGCUAAUCAAACAGACCAGAAAGGAGCUUACAAGUGUAAAGAGGCAGUAUAGAAAAGCCAAGGAAGAAGAGAAAGUAGGACUCCAACAGUUACGAAGCAUUUUACGAGAGAAACUGAGCACUCUCAACAAGGCUGAGCAAACAAGACAGAGGAAAAGGAAGAGGGAGAAACAGAGAGCUAGAUUCAUCCAGAAUCCAUACCAGUUCUCCAAAGACAUCCUUGACAACGAACGAUCAGGAACAUUAGAGAGCAGUAUGGAGGACAUAGAACAGCACUUACGCAAUGUCCACAGUGAUCCUUCACGGGAGGUUCCACUGGGUGACUGUUCAAGGCUAGAACCAGAAGACCCACCAGAAACUCCUUUGGACACAAAGGAGCCAUCAUUGUCUGAGGUACAGCACGUAGUGAAGAAAGCGAGGACAGGCUCAGCCCCAGGCCCGAAUGGCAUUCCUUAUCGUGUCUAUAAGAUGUGCCCUGGCAUUCUUCGGAAACUAUGGACCCUACUUAGAGUUAUUUGGAGAAAGGGCAAAAUCCCGGAUUGCUGGAAGAGAGCGGAGGGAAUAUUCGCCCCAAAGGAGAAGGACUCGAAGGAUAUUGGUCAGUUCCGGACCAUUUCUCUGCUCAACGUAGAGGGGAAGAUAUUCUUUGCAGUCCUAGCCAAGCGACUGACAACGUUCCUUACUGACAACAACUACGUUGAUACGUCAAUUCAGAAGGGUGGAGUUCCCGGAUUUUCAGGCUGCGUCGAGCAUACCAGUGUUCUCAGCCAAGUGAUCAGGGAGGCACGAGUGAACCAUUAUGACCUGACUGUAGUGUGGCUAGACCUUGACAACGCUUAUGGAUCAAUACCCCACAAGUUGAUUGAGAAGGCACUUGAGCAGUAUCAUGUACCAGAACACGUUUGUAACCUGGUAAAAGACUACUACAGAGGCAUUAAGCUACGCUUUGCUGUGGGAGACAAGACAACAGCAUGGCAAAGCUUUGAGAAAGGCAUUGUCACAGGAUGCACAAUCUCUGUGGUCCUGUUUGUGAUGGGUAUGAACCUCAUCAUCAAUGCGGCGAAGAGAGAGACACGUGGUCAAAAAGCAGCAUCAGGAAUCUACUUACCUCCAGUUAAGGAAUUCAUGGAUGACCUCACUCUGACAGCAAAGACCCACAUCCAAGCAAGGUGGAUGCUUUCGGCCCUAGAAGAGGCAGCAACUUGGUCCAAAAUGAGGUUCAAACCCAGAAAGUCCAGAGCACUUGUUAUCAGGAAAGGCCAACCAACCAAGAAAUUCAAUCUGACAGUGCAAGGUGAGGACAUACCAUCGAUAAUGGACAGCCCCAUUAAAUGCCUUGGGAAGUGGUAUGAUGCUACACUCCAAGAUGGGAACAACAUCAAGCGCAUCAAGAACCAGCUCACUGAAGGGCUGAAGCAGAUUGACAAAAGCGGACUACCUGGCAAAUUCAAGGCCUGGUUAUUCCAGAAUGGACUUCUCCCACGACUGAUGUGGCCACUGAUGCUUUAUGAGGUGGCAACAACAGUGGUGGAAGGACUGGAGAGAACCAUUAGUAGGCAUUUGCGAAAGUGGCUUGGCGUACCACCCAGCUUCAGCAACAUUGGACUCUAUGGACGAUCAAAUCAACUACAGCUCCCAUUGAGUUCGUUGGUGGAGGAGUACAAGGUGGCAAAGGCCAGACUUGUCAUGACGCUGAAGGAUUCAAUGGAUGACAUGGUCCGUAGAGCAGGUGUUGAGACCAGGACGGGAAGAAAGUGGUCCGCUAGCCAGGCUGUAGCGCAAGCCGAGAGCCGCCUGCGACACAAAGACAUUGUGGGAACAACGGCAGUGGGAACACAAGGUCUGGGCUCUGCGGAGACGAGGAGUUGGAAGAAGGCGGACAGUAGGACAAGGAGGGAGAUGGUCCAGGCAGAGGUACGUCUGGCCGAAGAAGAAGAUCGAGGCAUAAGGGCAGUGGCAAUGGGGUGCCAGGGUGCUUGGACAAAGUGGCAGACUACAGGAAAGAAGAUGACAUGGGCGGAUAUCUGGCGUAGCGAACCUCUGCGCAUCAGUUUCCUGCUCAGGUCAGUCUACGACCUGCUACCUUCACCAGCAAACCUGCACAGAUGGGGAAAACGUGACGACCCAACCUGCCCACUUUGCGGAAAGAUAGGCACGCUAGAACAUACACUAUCAUCUUGCCAGACAGCCCUUACACAAGGAAGAUACAGGUGGAGACACGACAAGGUCCUCCAAGAACUGGCAGACAUAGUGGAAAGGGAGAGGCGAAAGAAGAGGACUGUGAAAGAGACCAGAAAGAUGCAGUUUGUAAAGGAAGGGGAAACCAUCAAGAAGCAGCAGGCGCAAGCAGCAUCGAUCCUAGAUCGUGCGCAGUCAUGGGAGAUGGCUGUUGACCUGAAACGCAGGCUGGUUUUCCCAAGUGUAGUCCAGACAACACAACGCCCCGACAUGGUGAUCUGGUCGGCAAAGGACAUGUGUCUGGUGAUGGUUGAACUCACAGUUCCUUGGGAGUCGCGCUGUGAUGAGGCGAUGGAGAGGAAAACAGCAAAAUAUGCUGAUCUGCAGAGGGAAUGCAAGGAGAAGGGGUGGCACAUGUGGCUAUUCCCAGUGGAGGUCGGCGUCCGAGGCUUUCCGUCAAAGUCUCUCUUGAGACUUUUCACUGCACUUGGCCUGACAGGAAGAGACAGAAAGCGAGCGGUCAACAGACUUGGGGAUGCAGCGGAGAGAGCAUCGAGAUGGCUUUGGCUGAGGAGAGAAGAGAGGAGCUGGCAGCCGUCUACUGACACGUAG